UUCGUAAUUGUAAAUUCUUGACGAACAAUUGUACAACAAAUCGAAACAGUCCCCCAUUAAAAUAAACAAUUGGGGCAACCUAUUUCGCGUUUUUGCGGGUGUUUUGGUGUUAAAUUAUAUUUUUUGUUUCUUUAGUUUUGCAUUUGGUAUAGCAACAAGAACAAGCAAGCAACAACAAUGGCGUUAAAAGUGUUGGUGGGCCAGAAGAUCAUGAACGAGGUGGUCAAGUACAAGCCGCCGCCACCGAAGAAGGCUGCCACUACGGCUGCUGCAAAGGCCGCAGCCGGCGGCAUGGAAUGGCGUGUACUUGUCGUGGACAAGUUGGGUAUGCGUAUGGUCUCCGCCUGUACCAAAAUGCAUGAGAUCAGCGCCGAGGGCAUAACAUUGGUCGAGGACAUCAAUAAGAAACGCGAACCGUUGCCCACCAUGGAUGCCAUCUAUUUAAUAACACCAUCUGAUGAAUCUGUGCGGGCUUUAAUACGCGAUUUUGAGAAUCCGGCUCGUCCGAUGUAUCGCUAUGCGCAUGUUUUCUUUACCGAGGCCAUACCGCCAAGAAUAUUUGAAAUGCUGCAAUCGCAUAAAGAUAUUUGUCGGCGCUAUGUCCGCACAUGCAAAGAAAUCAAUAUAAGCUUCUUGGCAUAUGAGGCUCAGGUCUACUCGCUGGACUCACCGGAUACCUUCCAAUGCCUGUACUCACCGGCAUUCGCUUCGAUACGUAGCAAGCAUAUCGAACGCAUUGCAGAGCAAAUUGCAACUCUCUGUGCCACUUUGGGAGAGUAUCCACAAGUCCGUUAUCGCAGUGACUGGGAUCGCAAUAUUGAUUUGGCUGCGUCGGUGCAGCAGAAGCUGGACGCCUACAAGGCCGAUGAGCCGACCAUGGGCGAGGGACCUGAAAAGGCACGAUCCCAGCUAUUAGUGUUGGAUCGUGGAUUCGAUUGCGUUUCGCCGCUAUUGCAUGAGCUAACAUUGCAGGCUAUGGCAUAUGAUUUGCUGCCAAUUGUUAAUGAUGUCUAUCGCUAUACACCGGGACCCAAUCAGCCCGAUAAGGAGGUUCUGUUAGAUGAGAACGAUGAUUUGUGGGUGGAAUUGCGUCACGAGCAUAUUGCUGUGGUAUCGGCCCAGGUUACACAGAAUCUGAAGAAAUUUACUGACUCCAAACGGAUGAGUUCGACUGACAAGUCGUCGAUGCGCGAUUUGUCGCAGAUGAUUAAGAAGAUGCCGCAGUAUCAAAAGGAGUUGUCCAAGUAUUCCACCCAUUUGCAUUUGGCCGAAGAUUGCAUGAAGUCAUACCAGAAUUAUGUGGACAAGCUGUGUCGCGUUGAGCAGGAUUUGGCCAUGGGCACUGAUGCCGAGGGUGAAAAGAUCAAAGAUCAUAUGCGAAACAUUGUGCCCAUUUUGUUAGAUACAAAUGUCUCCAACUAUGACAAGGUGCGCAUCAUUGCUCUCUAUGUGAUGAUUAAGAAUGGCAUUUCAGAGGAGAACUUGACCAAAUUAUUUACACAUGCCCAAUUGUCACCCAAGGAUCAGGAUAUGGUGCGCAAUUUGAGUUUCCUAGGCAUCAAUGUUAUUGCGGAUUCUCGCAAGAAGGUUUAUUCGGUACCUCGUAAGGAGCGCAUCACCGAAAGUACAUACCAAAUGUCACGCUGGACGCCUGUCAUUAAAGACAUUAUGGAGGAUUGCAUUGAGGAUAAGUUGGAUCAACGUCAUUUUCCAUUCCUCGAAGGUCGCGCCCAGAAUACCAAUUACCAUGCGCCGACAAGUGCUCGCUAUGGCCACUGGCACAAGGACAAGGCCCAGGCGCAGGUCAAGAAUGUGCCCAGAUUGAUUAUAUUCAUUGUUGGCGGUGUUAGCAUGUCGGAAAUGCGUUGCGCCUAUGAAGUGACCAAUUCGGUGCGCAAUUGGGAGGUGCUAAUUGGUUCAUCGCACGUCCUUUCGCCCGAAAUCUUUCUCAGCGAUCUGGGCAGUCUUUCUAAGGAGGAUUAAGUUCGUUAACCGUCACUUAAUCGCCUUUUCGAUUCAGUUUCAUUAAGAUCUUCCCCACCCCCAAACCCAAAAAAAAGAAAUCCUCUAGUUAAAAACAAAUGAAAAUAA